AUGGGACGUAAUAUUCCAUCUGGGGUGCGUGCAGGCGAUAUUGCUCUGCAUUUUGCUGCUAGAAUAGGAAUUCUGAAGACCGUUGAAAUUCUUGUAAGGGAAGGCUUGUCUCCACUGUGUAUGGCAAUCAAAACUGGAAAUAAGGAGAUUCUUCAUUUACUAUUGGAAAAGGAACCUCCAGCAACCCUUUAUGGCGACUUCAAAGAUGCAUAUGGUGGAACUCCACUUCACUGGGCAGCACAGAGAGGUGAUCUGGAUGCACUUGGCAUCCUUUUAAGCAUAUCUAGGGCAACCUUCUUUGACAAAGACAACGGUGGCUACUUUCCAAUUCACAUGGCAUCCGAAACAGGUAAUGUUAAGGUAAUCAAAGAGCUGGUUGAGUGCUGGCCUUAUCCAGAAGAGUUGCUCACAAAAGAAGGUAGAAAUAUUCUUCAUGUAGCAGCCAUGAAAGGAAAAGAUAACAAUAUAACAGAAGCUGCCUUAAGUGAAACCGGGUGUCAAAGAAAUAUAGUUUCAGAGACACAUAAGGAAAAGCGAAUUGCUUCCAUGCCGCCAAACCCAACGAAAAUUCAAUGGAUAAAGGACCAAGUUGGAGCUCUGUUAACGGCAGGAACACUUGCGGCCACGGGCACCUUUACCGCUGGAUUCGCCUUGCGCGGUGGUUAUAAUAGCCCUGAAAAUAACCCAGAUAAAGGAACAGCAACAAUGAUAAAUAAACAUGUGUUUCAGUUGUUCAUGAUUUGCAACACCGCCUCUUUCUAUGGCUCCAUCAUCUGCAUUUUGUGCUGUUUUUAUGCAUUGCUCGGUGAUGUCUAUGUAGCUGCAAAGGCUUUUAACAAUGGACAAAGACUUUUCGGAGUAGCUCUUUCAAUGAUGUCUCUAGCUGGCGUUCAUGGCUGCAUUACAUAUAGUAGCAGGCAAACUUCCUUGGCUUGCCUCUCUCCUUCUCAUCAUGGGAACCACCGCUCUUACUAUGAUUAUGAACCUCCUGCUAACUUAUCUGAGCAAUCCAGCAGCGAGAAUAAGAAUGAAAAAUCCAAGGACAUGGAUAAAAGUGAAACUACAAAACAAGUAGGAAUUGAAGAAUAA